CUCUCUCCCCACCCAUCAAGGCUGCUCAUUUGAAGCAGGAGCUUAUUGUGAAGGAAGAGAAGGCUGGGAUGUGUGUGGCAAGCGGAUGGUGCAUGCUUCAAUGUGCGAGCUGAAAUCUGACAUAGUAACCAGAGGGGAGUGAGCUUGUCCUGUCCCAGGGAUAAGGGUGUUAGCUGCCUGGGAGGAGAUACUUCUGUGUUUAAUUCAGACGUUGAUGACCCAUAUCUGAUUUUGAAGAACAUCAUGGCUGAACCUGACUACAUUGAUGGAGAUAACUCAGAACUAAUUAGACCUCACAAACUUGUCAAUCCAGUGAAGACAUCACGAAAUCACCAAGAUCUUCACCGGGAGCUACUUAUGAACCAGAAAAGAGGACUUUCCCCACAAAACAAACCAGAAUUACAGAAAGUGAUGGAGAAAAGGAAGAGGGACCAAAUAAUUAAAGAGCAAAAGGUAGAAGCAGAACAGAAAAAGACAGAGUUUGAAAAAGAGCUUCAGAAACGGCACCAGAUGUUAGAGGAGAUGGAAAUGGAGAGUCAAAAGAUUACAGAGGAGCAGGAAAAUAAACCAGAGUUUCUCAAGGUCAAAGGCAAUCUCAGGAAAAUGAAUCAGGAAAUAUCAGAAGCCAACAAUUCUUAAAUGUACGGCUUCCAAGGAUGUCGGGGAAUUGAUAUUAAAUAUAUAUUUUUGCUUGUAUGUUAUUGGGGACCUACCUUGCAGGAAAACUCCACAGAGAUAUUUCAUCCUUGACAUUUUCAGAGACUUAAUGACUGCAAAACACCAUGAAAGAGGAUAGAAAACACUUGGAUGGAACAGGAUUGAUACUGAGCGGUCAGCUAUCAAAGUGUCCUUUCAUAAAUGCUGGACAUCGCGGAAAUCAUAGGUGUUGCUUUAGCUUUAUCUGAGCUAUAUGCAAACAAUGAUUUCUAUAUACUAUUGCAGGGUCCUAUAACAUGAUCUAGAGAUCGUCACUGUGCAGUAAAAUAUCUUUUUUUUAUUUUAGGCUACAAGAAGGUGUGGUGGCAGAUAAAUUUAACAUUAUAACUGGUUAACAUCUAUCAGAUUUUUAGAUUGCACUGGUUUUAUACAGAAUGUAUAGGACUGUUUACAGUUCUUUUUCCCCCCUUGUUGGAAUAUGCCUGAACUUGCAAACCGAGCUACUGUAUAGAGUGUUUAUGGACUUAAUACUGCAUUGCCACCUUUCUUUGGCAGUUGCAUAAAAUGACCUUCUUAAAAUGGUGUGAAGGUCUGUAAUGUGUAAAAUAUUUGUUUAGUUUCUCUUUGGACAUUCUCUAGUGGACUGACUAUUGUAAUGGAAGCCUUUUAAUUUUUUUCCUCCAGACAGGACUGUACAGCAAUGGAGGGAAACUGCUAUACAUUUGUCAUAAAUCCUAACAACUACCAUUGGCUACAAUUCUGCUGAAAUGACUAGAUUAGGCACUUUGGUGGUUACUGAUCUUCAGCUUCCAUGAGUCUCAGCUGAAUGAAAUGGCAGCUGCAGUUCAGCAAAGCACCAAGGUGAUUGUUGUGUAUUCAGUCUCUUUAGCCACAUACCCCCCCCCCCCCCUUAGGAGUGAUUGCUCUUUCUUCUUUUUUGCUAUAAUCAACUAAAGUCUGUUACAGUCUUAAACAUAAUGCCAAUUUGUGUUUUCACUAUAAUAACAGGCUGUGCCUGGAACAGCCUUAUUUGUCAUAAAAAGCAUUUACUUGUUUUAAACAAGCUUAAAACAGUGUGCUUAUUUGUUAGCGAGAGAACUAUUGGUUCAGCGUUAUGGUGUGUGGUUUCACCUGAUCCUAAAUUUCCUUUAGUCUGAAUAGCCAAAAUUCAAAAAGGUGUGAGCAGGCUUAAGUUAAAUAGUAUUCUAUUAUUGGGCAUAUUGUUAGACAGGGUGUCCGUCUAGUCGGAACGUCUAUAUAAGUGGCAGAUCUGUAAGCAAUAAUAGUUAUAACAUUAUUGGUUAAUCGGAAUGAUGUGGGGAAGACUCCUACACAAAAGUGCUCUCCAGUUCAUGUAAUUUGUCUAAUGUGCCAUAUUUUUAGAGAGUAGAUUAACAUCUUGCUUGGUAGAUUCCAUGUUUUACCUUUAUUAUUAACUGCUUUAUGUGGGAAAUCCAAAAUUCAGUACUUUGCUCUGCAAUACAGCAUGAUAGAAACCAUUCAGCAGUUCAUUUUUCUAUUUCCAUUUUGGGAUAUUAAAUGGUGCCCAUUGCUGCAGUGUAAUAUUUGCAAAUGAUUAACGUUCACCGAACUGUUUGCUUGCAAGGCGUAAUUGUUAUCAUAAUGGGAAAAG